ACACCUAAAUAAAAGUCUUUUCACAGAUUCAAGGCCACUACGUAAAGUUCAGGUGAGGCGGUAGAGAUUGAAGGCGCCAAAAUCCCAAUGGGGAGCAGCGCAGGAGUGGGGGUGCUUCCUCCGGACUUUGCCUUGCUCAAGAAUUGCAGCAAAGUUUCAAGCUUUCGUGGCGGCAACACCACCAUCAGCUUAAGCUUUCCGUCAAGAUUUGGUUCAGAUGCCAAAAACCACACAAUUCUUAAGUCUUUUCCAGUCGCUUCUGCUGCUUCCGUCAGUGGCUCCGGCGGCGCCCAAUACUCCGGUUCUGAGCAAUUGCUGGAUGUGCAAACAAAGCAGAAGAGGAGGGGAAUAGCUGGGGUUGAAGAAGAUGAACUGGAGAAUCCGAAACUUUUAGCUGACCCGGAUAGUUGUUUUUGUGAGUUUAGAGGAGUGGAGAUACACCACAAGGUAUAUAAUGCACAAUCACAGGUAUAUGAGACCGAGGCUCUCUCUAGCCAGACUAAGAAUGUUGGGUAUCCUAUGAUUUUGUUACAUGGCUUCGGUGCCUCAGUUUUCUCGUUCAGUCGAGUUAUGAAGCCAUUGGCAGAGGCUACUGGUUCCAAGGUUCUUGCCUUUGAUAGACCAGCCUUUGGAUUGACAUCAAGGGUAAGCGCUUUUGGGCAUUCAGCUUCUGAAAAUGGGGAAUCCAAACCUUUGAAUCCAUAUUCCAUGGCAUUUGCAGUGCUUGCUACCUUGUACUUCAUUGAUUUUCUGGCAGCUGAGAAGGCGAUUCUGGUGGGGCAUUCCGCUGGUUGUCUUGUAGCAGUUGAUUCAUAUUUUGAAUCCCCAGAGCGUGUUGCUGCUCUAAUCCUUAUCUCCCCAGCAAUUUUUGCCCCAAGGGCUAUUGAGAAGGUUGCUAAGGGCCAUCAACCGGAAGAAGAUAACCAGACUGAAGAAGAUGCCUCAAAUUCUGUAAAUCAAGGAAAUCCAUUUAUCCAGUUUUUCAAGACUCUGUCCAAGUUUACCAAAUUUAUUUCAGAUGCAGUAAUGCGACUCGUGAAGGGAAUGGUUGGCAUGCUUAACUCUUUGUACAAGAAAUUCUUAUUGGCUAUUCUACGCUCUGCCUUUGCUGCAAUGCUUGUGAGGAUGGCUAUUGAUAAAUUUGGUGUUGCUGGUGUUAAGAAUGCAUGGUAUGACUCGAAACAAGUCACCGAACAUGUCAUACAAGGUUAUACAAAGCCAUUGAGGAUUAAGGGUUGGGACAAGGCACUUCUGGAGUACACAGCAGCAAUGCUCACAGACACUUCAUCUAAGUCGAAGCCACCAUUGUCGAAAAGACUUUGUGAAAUCUCAUGCCCUGUUCUGAUAAUUACGGGUGAUACUGACCGGAUUGUCCCCUCGUGGAAUGCCAAGAGGCUAUCACAAGCCAUACCCGGGUCUUACCUUGAAGUAAUCAAGCAUUGUGGGCACUUGCCACAUGAAGAGAAAUUUCAUGAGUUUGUCUCAAUAGUUAAGAAGUUUCUGCAAACAGCUUUGGGAGAUUCUCAGGAGCAGCACAUACAAGCUGUAGUAUGACGCUAGUCUCGUAAAUGACGGGUUUGAUCAAGCAAACUAACAUCGGAAUGCGCUCAGGCGAAGUUCUUAGGACGUGAAUUUUUUUUUCAGCAACGGAAUGGGAAAUGCCUGUAAAUUGAAGUAUAACACAAUAGCUGUACUACUUUUCAUCAUAAAAUUUAUGUUCGGAUGAUUAUAGCUGUAAUUAAAAAGUAAUUAACAGA